UAACAUUUUGAUUACUCUAUUUUAUAAAUACCCGAGCUUACCAAUACGGAAUAACAGUACUUUAUAAAAAGGCGCCAAAGAGAAAGGCCGUUCCCUAGAGACCGACCCAUAAAAAAAAGUCAUGAUUUUAAGGGGUUUGGUUUAAAGGGUUUGCUUACUCCAGCCAUCUUCUUUCAGAUUCUAAAUGAUUACCCGCCAACUGAAUUUGAAAACCUCUAACAGGAUUUUUAAGCAACGGUCUGCUAGUGUCCGAAAUUUCAACUCCUCCAAACAUGAGCAUCACCUGUUCGAUAAAAAUCCUCAACCAAUCGCUGCCUCCGUUAACCACUCUAUGCUCAACUGCAUGCACAGAAACCUUCCAUUUCAAGCCCUUAGCAUCUUCAAGAAUCAGCUUCGAAUGGGAUUGGGUGAAAACAUUGAUGAAGUUACGGUUGCCCUUGCUAUCAAGGCUUGCCAAAGAGACACAAAACUUGGCUGCCAAACCCAUGGUGUUGCAAUUUCUUCUGGGUUUAUUUCGUAUAUUACAGUUUCGAAUUCGUUGAUGAAUAUGUACUCUAAAUCUGGGAAAUUUGAAAGGGCGUUGUAUAUCUUUGAGAGUUUGUGUUGUCCUGAUAUUGUUUCGUGGAAUACUAUUCUCUCUGGAUGUCGAAAUAGUGACGAUGCAUUGAGUUUUGCUCUUCAGAUGAACUUUAAUGGGGUUGUAUUUGAUCCAGUGACGUGUACUACUGUUCUUGCAUUUUGUUAUGACCAUGAUACUUUUCUCUUUGGAAUGCAGUUGCAUUCUCUUAUAUUAAAAUUUGGACUGGAUUGUGAAAUUUUUGUUGGGAAUGCACUUAUAACAAUGUAUUCAAGAUGGGGACGUCUUUUGGAAGCUAGGAGAGUGUUUGAUGAAAUGCCGAACAGGGAUUUGGUUUCAUGGAAUGCAAUGCUAUCAGGGUAUACUCAAGAGGGAGAUCAUGGGUUGGAAGCAGUUUUGAUCUUUAUCAAAAUGGUGAAAGAAGGGAUGGAUCUUGAUCAUGUUUCAUUUACAAGUGCUGUUUCAGCUUGUGGUUAUGAAAAAAAUUUAGAGCUUGGAAGACAGAUACAUAGCUUGGCUAUCAAAUCAGGAUAUGGGACGCAUGCUUCAGUGUCUAACGUGCUGAUCUCAACAUAUUCUAAGUGUGAGGUAAUUGAAGAUGCAAAAUUGGUCUUUCAGCUGAUGCAUGAACGCAAUGUAGUGUCUUGGACUACCAGGAUUUCGAUGGAAGAAGAUGAUGUUAUGUCACUCUUUAAUGAGAUGAGAUUAGAAGGAGUAUAUCCAAAUGACGUUACAUUUGUAGGACUAAUACAUGCUAUAUCAAUCAAGAAUUUGGUGGAAGAAGGCCAAAUUAUUCAUGGGUUUUGCAUAAAGAGCAGUUUUUUGUCAGAACUAAAUGUUCUGAAUAGUUUCAUCACCAUGUAUGCUAAGUUGAACUCCAUGCAAGACUCUGUGAAAGUGUUUGAGGAGCUUAACUGCAGAGAAAUCAUUUCAUGGAAUGCAUUGAUAUCUGGUUUUGCUCAAAAUGGACUGUGUCAAAAGGCUUUACAGAUGUUCUUAUCAGCUAUUAUUGAGUGCAAGCCAAACCAUUACACCUUUGGUAGUGUCUUGAGUGCAAUUGCCGAUGCUGAAGACAUUUCUUUAAAGUACGGCCAACGAUGCCAUGCGUACUUAAUAAAACUUGGCUUGAACACUGACCCAAUAAUCUCAGGUGCUCUCCUUGACAUGUAUGCAAAACGUGGGAGCAUCUGUGAAUCCGAAAGAGUGUUCUAUGACACGCCUCACAGAAGUCAAUUUGCUUGGACAGCAAUAAUCUCUGCCUAUGCUGGACAUGGAGACUGUGAGUCAGUGAUAAAGUUGUUCGAAGAGAUGGAGACAGAAAGGGUAAGACCCGAUUCAAUCACUUUUCUUUCUGUACUUACUGCAUGCAGUAGAAAGGGGAUGGUUGAGAUGGGUCGUCGUGUUUUUAACUCAAUGGUAAAUAAUUAUAAGAUCGAACCAUCUCCAGAACACUACUCUUGUAUGGUGGAUUUGUUGGGCCGAGCAGGACAAUUGGAGGAGGCAGAGGAGAUGAAGGAUAGGAUUCCAGGAAAGCCAGGGCUGUCUGUGUUGCAAAGCUUGCUCGGGGCAUGUAAACUAUAUGGGAAUGUGGAGAUGGGUGAGAGGGUAAUCAAGGCUCUGAUGGAAUUGGAGACAAUGGAAUCGGGUUCUUAUGUGUUGAUGUCUAACUUGUAUGCCGAGAAGGGAGAGUGGGAAAAGGUGGCAAAGAUAAGGAGAGGGAUGAGAGACAGAGGGGUGAAAAAAGAAGUUGGAUUUAGUUGGGUGGAUGUUGGUGAUUCCUUGUAUCUUCACGGGUUUUCUUCAGGUGACAAAUCUCAUCCACAGUCGGAGGAAAUAUGUAGGAUGGCAAAAUUUAUAGGCAUAGAAAUGAAAUCGUUGAGAAACAGAGAAAGAACAUUUGCGAGGUAGCUUCAUUCAAAAAGACUCUUUUAUAUGGGAAAAAUUUUGGAAAAUUUCUCUUAUUCUUCAUUUUUGUAUUUUUACCAAAAAAUUGACGAUGAAGAAAUGUAUGGUCAAAAUUCGUAUAAGGUUCGUCUAUUCCCAUUAAGAAAAAGGAGAGAAAAACAGGCAUGGGAAACAAUUGAAAAAGGAAAUGUGAGCGGCAGGAUUCAAACCUGCGCGGCCAGAGCCUACAUGAUUUCUGGUCGAUAGCCACUACGACACACUCAUUGAACCUUUGAAAUGGAUCUUCUUACUGUAUAUGUACCAAAAUAUCAAAGCCAUUUUUGUACACAAUAAAUGGGAGCAACUUUCUUGUGUAUAAAAUUAUUAUCUGCAUUGCCUAUCCAACUCGGUCAACAAAAAACUUUCACACGAGAAAAAAAAAAAAAAAAAAAAACAAA